GUCUUACAAUGCUUAAUCAAUUUCACAUAAGCUCUGAUUACCAACAGACAGGUGAAUAAUGAGGGAAAGGAAAUUGCAAAACAGACCGGAGUAUCUCAUCGAGGACCCACAGAACGUUCGUUAGAUUCGAGUUUUAUAUGCCGUAAUAGUGGGGAAUAUGUUGUCCUAGAGGACUAGUUUUUUUUAAAGGGAUAAAACUUGUGGUAAUGUCAGAAGAACCUGAAACAAACAAGAUGUCUGCGGAAAAGCAGACCGAGGAACAAAUAGAGAAGGCGGGGGAAGAUGUAACAAAAGAUGCUAUGGAUACUAACAAGGAAGAGAAAGGGGAAACUCCAGUCUUAGCGACAGAUAACCAGGAUGGAACUGAAGCAAAGAAGGAAGCUGAAUUGGAGGAACCAAAGAAGGAUGUCCAAAUGAAUAGCGAUGCAGGGGAAGAGACACCGAGCAAGGAAAAUCCAGCUGAAGAAAAGGCGACUGAUAGCAAAGAACAGGAAGUGAAAAAAAGUGAUGAAGGAAGUAAAGUAGAGGAGGAAGAAUCCUCCAAAGAGAAUCAGGACGGAAGGGAGGAUACCGAGAAAGGAAGCCCAGUUCCUGAAUAUACACCUCCAAAUUCAGCUGACCAAUCCGUGACCUCGACAAAAGCGGAGACAGAUCCGGCCAAAGAGGGUGACGAGCUCGAGAAAGCUGCAGAAACUUCGAAAGAGCCCCCGGCGGGCGAUGAGGAGACAUUGGAUGAACAAAUCAAAGAUAUUUUGGAGGCCACAGAGGACCCAGAGAAGAAAUUGGAACAUAGUGCUCCUGAGAAAGAGGCGUCACAGCCAGACAUUUCUGAGACGGAGGGCGCUAAAACUGAACCUGAUACCAAGGAUGUGACAGAAAAACAAGAGGAAACUAUUAAUAAAACAGAAAACCUAGACAAUUCAGAGGGAGCAAAAGAAGAUUCUAAAAGCAAAGAGGUUGAAAACCCAGCCGAAAGUGAUACAAUCGCCGAGAACAAUCCAGAAAAAACUGAAGUUGAAAAAAUAGCAGAGAACUCUUCUUUGAUGGAAGGUGAAAAAGAAGCGGUUGUGGCUAAAGAGGGAGAACAGGCGGUGGGCGAGGUGAAGGAAGAGAAAAAUGAAGAAAAGAAAGAGGAGGAAAAUGAAGCAUUAUCUGAAACGAUUCCUAUAGAGGAAACUAAAUCAGAGGCGGAUCAAAAACAGAAGGAUGAAGAGGAAAUUAAAAGGAGGGAAGAAGAGGAAGAAGAAAGAAAGAUAAAUGAAGCAAUGGAAGAAGAGAAGAAGCCGGUUGAAGCUGAGGAGGAGCAGCGAUUGAAAGAAGAAGAGGCAGAAAAACAGAAGAAAGUUGACGAAGAAGAGAAGAAAAGGGCAGAGGAGGAACAAAGAUUAAAGGAAGAAGAGGAACAGAUGAAACUCAAAGAGGAAGAGGAGAGGAAACAGAGAGAAGCUGAGGAACAGGAGAGGAAACAGAGAGAGGCCGAGGAAGAGGAGAGGAAGAGAAAGGAAGAGGAAGAGAGGAUGGAGUCCACAUUAGUCAAUCAGAAUGCAGACAAGGAAGCCAUGAAAUCCCUGAUAGAGGAGAAUGUUAAACUGAAGGAGAGUAUGGAAAAAAUGAAAGAGGAUUAUGAAAAAAUCAAGGAAAAAGAAACCAAAAUAUCUCAAACGGAGAAAGAAAAUCAGGAAAAAUUAGAGCAAAUCAAGAAAUUGGAGACAGAGUUAGAAAAGCUAAAGAUCCAGACCUCCAACGGAACCGGAAGUGAGGCAUCUGCUCAAAAGAUUUCCGACUUGGAGAAAAGGCUAAUUCGUUUGGCAAAGGAAGAUGAGGAGAAAGACAAGCAGAUCACCUCCCUCAACAAAGAGCUACAGCAAACCAAAACAGAGUUACAGAAAAGAGAGGAACGGGCACCAGGUGAUGGAGGGAACCAGCCAUCGAAGUCAUGUGUCAUCCUGUAGUCUUUUAUCUAGAAUUUGUUCUGCAUCAGAGGUGCUAAAUGGGAGUACUUUUUAUUCCUAUUUUUGUACUUUUUUUCUCAUUGAUUUCAGAAGUCAAAAAUUUUGAGUACUAUAUUGAAAAUACGGACUUCUCUUUGAUUUUCACGACAAACCAUUGUAUUGUUACUUGUUAAAUUAUAUUUUUAAUUGAAUCCAGCUCAUCAAAGCAAGUGUGAUCAUUGUCAGCUAGUCAUUGAUAGAUGUACAUUUGCUUAGUAUGUAAGAUAAUGAAAGUAUCAGUUGAUAAUCAAUUCUACAAGUAAAUAUGUUUGCUUGCAAACAAUACGUAAACUGCCAUGGUAAUUGAUAAAUGGAAUAUGAUUUUUAGAAUAACGUUAAUGUAUUUAGGGACUCUGCAUCACACUCAGGACUUAAUUUUGUAUCGUUCCUUAAAUGCCUCAUGUUAUGAGGGUUAAUCGUAUGUAUAAAAACUACAUUGCACAGCUUUUCAACGUCGGGGAAAAGGGGAGAAAUAAAGCAGUGGGAAAAAGUUCACUUCACAAAUGUCUAUAAUUCUUGACAAGUAAAAACAUCCUAAGAUAUGUUCCUUUGCCCAAACUUCAAAAUCUUAAAUUGAUAGGGGGUUUAUUCUUCACUACAAGAUUUCCAUUUUUUAUCAGUGCAAGGUUACAAUCAAUACUUCUAUUUAAAAAAAAAAAAAAGGAUGAAGUGACAACUUGUGUGUCUCGGUCAUGAACUAUUUUAGUCCCAGUCAGUCAAGUGGAAUGAAUCCUUUCCAUUGAAUGAAUUACUGUCCGGAAAUGUAAAUGAUUAUUCGGAAAAUAUGUUCAUGAUUGGAAUUUUUUUUAAUCAUUAUUCUUAACCACUUGUUAGAGAGAAUUACAAAAGUUGAAAUUGAUUUGAAAUAUAUUUAACUCUUACUUAUUUAAACAAACGUAUACUUUCAUUAUUUUCAUAUACAGAUGUACAUCUACUACUUGAGUUUUGUGAUUUUUUUUGUACAAUUGUACGCUUCACAUCCCAGUAGUCCGUCCAAUGUGGGUUAUCGCUCUGUAUCCUAGUCCAUAUACCACGUGUAAUUUACAUGUCCGAAACGGACAUUGUGUGUCUCUGAAUAUAUCAUGUCAAUGUUUCGUACAUGUACAUAUCCAUGGAAUGAUUCUACUUUGAUUUAAAUGUGUACAUAAAAAGUCUGUGUAACUAAAUCACUGUAAUAGAAACGACAUUACUUGUUAUAUUGGAGUACUCUAUUUUGAUUUAUCUAUACUAUGUGUGAUAAGUUUUUAAAAUAUUUCAAAUUAUUAUCAUUAUACCGUAGUUUUUGGUGAAAUGUAUUUUUUCAAUAUCUUUGUUUAAGUUCCAGAUUUUUUAUCAACAACAUUAGGAGUUAAACAAAACACUAUAACUUAUAUUAAUGACUGUUUUCUGUCAUGAUGAAAUGUUUCAGAUAUUUAUUGCAUUUGCUAAUGUUUUGUAUCAAAUAAAUCUUUCUGAAUCUAGCACAUU